AUGUACGAUUAUGAUGGGACUCUUUCGUCGUCAGCGUCGAGUAUCCGAGAACGACUGUCCGGACAUUUUGACUUCCCCGACAUUGCGGUGGAGUCUGACAUAGAGUUCCCCCUUACGCCUCCCUCCUCCGACGACUCGGAUUCAAGAUCGAAUUCCCCAGAUGCUAAUAUUAUUCGUCCCAGACUUAAUGUCAUGACGCUGGAAUUUGCAGGGAUCGGGAAGAAAAAGUCCCAUGUCGGCAGACCAGCAGUGAAACGUCGUCGUCUGACACGCAGUAAUUCCGAUACAAAGCCUUUGACGUUGCACAUCGUGUCCCGACAGUCGGGGAAGCCUACAAUAUCUAGAGCUGCGAGUGCCAUCUUGCAUUCGCAGCGUCGGCGUGUCUCUCCGCAGCUUUCUACGUACGACGAAAAUCCUGGGGCAAUGCAGCAACUUCUAGUAUCACUAUUAGAAGGCGAUGACGGCUUCCCAUCUCCAGAUCUCGCGAUCGUUCAUUACAUUACUCCAGGUAGACUCCAUUUAUUUCCAAUGGAAUUGCACGGUUUCCCGCCAUGGCAAAUGAGACUUACUGAAUUCUACUUCGAUGGACACUUUUGUACAGACGUCGCUCACCUGUUACCAGGAAUACCUGGCAACGGCCCAUGUUCGCCGCUGGAAGAGAUAGAGUUUAGGCGGGCGCUGGAUAAAUUUGCCUCUGCCGAGAUGCGCCUAGGGAAGUAA